AUGUUUUUGCAGGAAUUGCCAAAGUUCACAAAUGGCGCGGUACUUAUAGGCGUCAAAAGGAUGGGUGAGCUCGAUCUGAAAGCGUUUGCGAAUGCUUCUUGCAGCAAGAAUGUGCCACAGGAAGAUGCACAAGUUAACUCUGCUAUUCUUUGUUCACAAUGGCAGGCUGAAAUCGCAAACCCAGGCUGGCAUCCUUUUAGGAUAGUUGCGGUUGAUGGUAAAGAGACGGAAAUUCUUUCAGAGGACGAUGACAAGCUUCGCAGCUUAAAAGAGGAGCACGGUGAGGAAAUCUACAGCUUGGUGACAAAGGCGUUGUUUGAGAUGAACGAGUACAACCCCAGCGGACGCUACGCGGCGCGGGAGCUGUGGAACCGUAAGCAUGAUCGGAAAGCAACGCUGGAGGAAGCCAUCCAGUUCCUCCUUAGACAGCUGCAGUCACACAAGAGGAAGCGCCGCUGA